AUGUCUGGAAGAGGUAAAGGCGGUAAAGGGCUCGGAAAAGGAGGCGCUAAGCGUCACCGUAAAGUUCUGCGCGAUAACAUCCAGGGAAUCACCAAACCCGCCAUUCGUCGUCUGGCUCGCCGCGGCGGCGUCAAGCGCAUCUCCGGGCUGAUCUACGAGGAGACCCGCGGUGUGUUGAAGGUGUUUCUGGAGAACGUUAUCCGCGAUGCCGUCACCUACACCGAGCACGCCAAGAGAAAGACCGUCACCGCCAUGGAUGUUGUGUACGCGCUGAAACGACAGGGACGAACCCUGUACGGCUUCGGAGGAUAA